AUGAUUUUCAAUUAGAUCUAUUCAUCAAUCAAAAAGAGAAAAUUGUUUCUAGUAAAAUAGAGAUUUCUAAUAUUUAUUUACAUGAAAAGGAAAACUAAUUUGCUGUUUGGUUUUAUCUUUGAUUUUCAAAAUCUAAUAAUUCUUUUAUAAGAAAAAAGUCUUAAUUAAUCAUUAAUAAAUUGA